CAGCGGUGCGACGCGCAUUCGUGAACGCGCACGUUAGGAGGACGAGAAGGGAAGUCCCGUGAAACUGGUUAACUCUCUUCUUGGGGGAGAACAGGAAGUCAGACAAUCUGGCUGAUUCUGAGAAGUCAUGGGGAAAAUGGCAGUGGGAUUCACACUGGUGUUGCUCUCUGUCACUCUGCUCUCGGGACUGAUGCAUUAUGUUGCUGAUCACGAUGGCAGUGGAGACAAGGGAAAACAGAGCAGGCCAAACUUCAUCAUUAUUUUGGCUGAUGAUAUUGGCUGGGGUGAUCUGGGGAUUAACCAGCCAGGCGUGGCUAGUCAAACACCUUAUCUCGACCUGAUGGCCCAGCAAGGAAUGAGGUUUACAGACUUUCACUCCCCCGCGUCCACCUGCUCGCCCUCCCGCGCUGCCAUCCUCACGGGGCGGCAUGGUCUGCGUAAUGGGGUGAUACACAACUUUGUCGUGGAUUCCAUCGGAGGGCUUCCUCUCAACGAGACCACUCUGGCCGAGGUCCUCCACGAAGCAGGAUACUACACGGCCAUGGUUGGAAAAUGGCAUCUUGGACAUCAUGGGCAACAUCAUCCGAUUCACAGAGGAUUCGAUUAUUACCUUGGAAUCCCCUACAGCAAUGACAUGGGCUGCACAGACAUACCUGGUUAUGACCUCCCAGCUUGUUCGCCAUGUGAUCGAGAUGGACCUGCUGACAGUGAGAAGAAUGACUGUUAUUCUAAGGUGGCACUGCCUCUGUUCGAGAACCUGACCAUCAUUAAGCAGCCUCUGAAUCUCUGGACCCUGGCCGACACUUACACGCAGCCAGCUGUGCGCAUCCUCCGCACCUCAAGGCAGAGAGGGCAGCCCUUUCUGCUGUAUGUGGCACUCUCCCACAUGCACGUUCCACUCUCCCCUGCUCCGCGCCUGGACGGAAGUGCCAAGGACGUAUACAAAAGCGCUCUGAGGGAGAUGGACGGCCUGGUGGGGGCGAUAAAGAGAGCGUCCGACGAGAAUGAUAAGGGAAACACGCUAAUCUGGUUCACCGGCGACAAUGGCCCCUGGAACCAAAAAUGCCAGUUUGCUGGAGACGUGGGUCCCUUUCUAGGGACGUGGCAGACAGACAGGGGUGGGGGCUCAGCUAAAACAACCACAUGGGAAGGGGGCCACCGGGUGCCCACUGUGGCAUACUGGCCUGGGAGGAUCCCAGCCAACUUUACCAGCAACGCCCUGCUUAGUGGUUUAGACAUUUUCCCGACCAUCCUCUCCCUGGCAGGUGUGCAGGCACCAUCUAACAGACACUAUGACGGCAUCGAUGCCUCUGAUGUUCUCCUCCGUGGCUCAGAGACUGGGCGUGAGAGCAUUAUGCAUCCUAACAGCGGGGCAGCCGGACACUUUGGGGACCUGCAGGCCGUCAGGCUGGGCCAGUACAAGGCUUUCUACAUGACUGGGGCUGCAGAAGCCUGUGGUGGAGGAACGGGACAAGUAGAGGUCCACAGCCCCCCUCUGAUUUUUGACUUGUCAAGAGACACGGCGGAGAGCAGGCCCCUGGACAGCAGCACGGCCGAAUAUGCGGCCGUCUCGGAGCAGGUGCGGGAGGAGAGGCAGGGGGUGCUGCGGGACAUCGCUGCAGACCGCGUAUCACGCGCUGACUACUCAAGGGACCCUGCUGCAGCCCCCUGCUGCAACCCGGCUCAUGUGACCUGCCGCUGUCAGGGCUAAGACUUCAUGGUGUCUGCAGGAUAUAUUUAGCGGAAAGGGUUGGUACAUCGGAAAGGGUUGGAAACAUUUUCUGUGCCGGCUUGUACUCCAUUUCUUCUUCAUUUUAUUCUUUUUAAUGAUGUGAAUCUGUACAGCACUUUGGUCAACUUUGGUUGUUUUAUAAAUGCUUUAUAAAUAAUCUUUGAUUUGAUUUGA